AUGUCCGGCGCCAACAACGGUCCCGCUGCUCGACCCUCUCGGAAUGAGGACGAAAAACGCCGGAUAAUACAAUCUCUUUUUUCCAAUCGGGAUCAGAGCGGACGCUUAGUUGAAGAGUACAUCACACAUGCGCGAAUUAGCGAGGCGCAAUCGGUCAACGAGCUGCUAAAUCCCACAAUUCUGCCCAAGGAACGCGUGGCUAUUGUAGCUGUUCUGGCCGAUGGCGCAGUGCGUAUCCACAAGGCCCGUGAAAAUGAAAACCGCACUUUCCAGAUUGGCCGUACCUGGGGGCUGCAAGAGCUUGUGAGUCUUGAGAAUCCAAGUGACCAAGUUGCUGGCAUCGUUGCUCACUUUGGAAAGUCGUACUUUUGGUCUCUGUCUUCGUUCGGAGCUAAGCUACGGUUUGUACAAAGUGUUUCGCAGAUUUAUGAAAAAUUCACAUCCAAGCAACUGAGCUUGAUUGGUUUUGAUCGCCGCCAGUGGACAAAGUCUCCAGGCAGCAGUCGGGCGACUUCCGCUGGGUCCGUACAGCAGGCAAGUCCCUCAAUUCAGUCACCAGGAGAAGUUUCCCCUCUGAGAUCGGUUGACCCAUUGGUGCCGAAGCGACGUAGCCAACCUCAUGUCGAUCUGCGCCAGCCACCACCAAUGAGCCCCAAGCGAAAUAGCGCAGGAGCCGCCAGGCAGGCAUUGUUAUCUCCAGGAAACCCGCAAUACCCAUCAACUCCUUCUUUGCCGAAUCUGAGCCGGGAGAGGUUAUCUGGGUCACCAGGAAUCCGUACAGUUCCGGUUCCGGUUCCAGUUUCAGGUCAGCCCAGUCCUCGCGCCCCCACACGCUCACAGGAGAAUUUAGCCCAACACCCGAAGCCACAAGAAGAGACUCCAAAAGCGGUCUCGAGACCACGGGGUGCAGAUUCACCUUCGAUCCCGCCUACGAGUGAUUUACGGUCGUUCAACUCAGUGAGACGAGCCCCUUCUCAAGAUUCUGUGAACAGAAGUCCUGGUCAAUUGGCCCCGUCUCAAAUGCCUAAAAGCAACAACAACUCUGCGUCAUCGUUACCGUUCGCCCCGAAGCCCUUGAAUCCGAAUCGAUCUCCUGAGGAUUCAGAAGUGUCGCCUGCUACGUCUCGAUCUCCAUCCGCAGGGUCCUUGCCACAAUCCAGUUCUAACCCAAGUCUUGCUGCCACCAACAUUCCACCAAUGCCUCCUGUUCCAGAGCUGGUGCCGCGGUCUCCUGAUCAGCGAAGGCGCACGUUCGGCUCACUGCCUGGAACACCUCGAUCAAGAGGCUCCGGAAUGAUCUCUUCGCCAUUCUAUGAUACCCAAAGAGUAUGGCAGACACAUUCCAGACACCCAUCUGCGGCAUCUCAACAGUCCCAGAGUGAGUUUGAUCGUCGACAAGCGUUUUUCGAUCUCGAAACGACCUUGAACGAGUUGCAAUGGGAUGGAACUUCGUCAGUCGAAGAUUUAGAAAAAGUUAUCAAUUCGAAACUGCAGACUCUUGGAGAGUCGAACACGGCGAAUGUCGUUUCCCUGGAUAAACGCAUUGAUGAGUUGGAGCAGUUGACGGCAACUAGCUUGGACGACAGCCAGAUGCUUCAACAGCUGAUUGGAUUUUUUGUUGUCCAGCUUUCUGGUGUUGGUGAUGAAGUGUCCAAGAUUGGUGGCCGCGGAAACGAGCCUCAGGUUGUCGGUAUGAAUCAGCGUAACCUCUACCACGAACUGGUCCGCCUUUUGGAGAUGGUAUCGCUGCCUCCUGAAGUUAUCGAGGUCAUCACAAAGUCUAACUUUGCAUCUCCUAAUGAUCUACCUCAACUCGAGCACGCUCUUGUUGAGCUCCAUAGUGCGGUUCAGGCAGUUGAGUUUGGUGGUGAGCAAGGUGUAGGCUCCAUGAGAAUUCUCCAAGAACAAAAGGGAUCAACAUUGAAGCUUGCUUCGAACUUUGGCAGCCGAGUUGAGGCUUUCCUUGUUCAAGAGUUCAAGAAAAUGUCAGAGGUCAACGUUAGCUCAGAAACGCCAGCUCGUAUCGAUGUGCCAUUCUUGACAAAAACAUAUCCUUUGGCUGGUCUUGUAUUAUUCAUGAAAGAAAGUGAUCCUGCCCGAUACCAAAGCUUGCUUUCACAAUAUAUCACCGUUGCUUCCCAAUGCUAUUCUGAGUCGCUUUCGACGUAUUCCGUUAGAUGGAAGCGACAGGCUGAGCAGACUGUUGGCAGCCGUGCAGUGUUCACGUUACAGGAGAAACAAGAUAGUACAACCAGUGGAGGCAGUACUGUAAACUAUGCAGGCUCUGCUGCCGCCGCUGCAUUGGCGAAACGUACCAAGUCAUUGCGACAGACGCAUCCCAAACCCCCACAGGCUAGCAAUGACAAGAAUUCAUUCGCACUUGCAUCAAAUAACUUGGCUACUUUGGAGCGUCUUUUUGAUCAAAUGGUCGAUGUCAUUUCUUUGCAUAUAUCCGCUCAGCAGCAGCUUCUUGUUCGUUUCUUCCAUUUGUCGAGUCACGGUAGCCGUCGCUACGAUUUAUUUAUUCGUCAAGUUCCGGUUGAGCUCAGAGCAGAAAUGGCAGCGCAGUUUGGCGGGGAACCUGAGAUUGGUGAUGUAGACACUUCUCGUGAAGAAUCUGCUCGAACCCGUCAACAGGUUAGUCUUGUUUUCUCGAAGAUGGAGGAUCUCAUGAAUACAGUUGGAGGCUUUGUUGGCCAAUCCAGUGUUUUGGAAUCAGUUUAUUUGAUUGCCAAGAUCGAGAAGAAACUAGAAACCCUGCAAUCGAAAGACCAGGAGUAUUUAGUUGAUACUUUGAAUGCGCUGCACUCCAGGCUUAGCCAGCGGUGGACCGCUGUCAUAGACGGACAAGUGCGUUUAAUUCUCGGAUCCCAUGUCACCAAAAAGCGUCAUGGAUUUUUGGCAAUCGUUUCUAGGUUCACACAUUAUGUCCUUGUCGUGGAGCAGGCUCUCCGCGAUGUUGGAGUUGAUACAGACAAUCUACCUGUGCGCAAGCUGGUUGAUAACUCGCAUGAUCAACUAUACCGUGCAUUCCUUCAAAUUUUCCAAACAAGUUCUACAGACACUUCUACAGAUGCAGCUGGUCAAGAAGAUAAAGAUAUGCUCAAUCAUCACGUUACGAUGAUAAGCAACUUGAAUGGUAUUAUUACCCAGCUGGAGACCAUUGGCUCGUUCUCUAUCCAGAACAUUAUCCUGCAGGCCAAGAAGCAAUAUCGCGUCGACCUUGAAGCUUACAUUAAUGAUGUUCUCCACCGUCCAAUUGGCCGCAUCAUUGAGUUUGUGAAUCUCAGCAAGAGCCCCAAGUUCAAGAACGUGAAAGGGAAAGGCCAACUUGCCGCACUGAAGAAGGCAGUGUUGGGAUUCGAUGCUAAGGAAAUGCGCAAAUCUACAGAGACACUUCGUCGUCGUGUCGAAAAGCACUUCUACACUCCUUCUGACGGAGAGGGCGAUUCCGCGUUGUUCGAAAAGGUCUGGAAAGCCAUUGGCGCUCAGUAUCUUGACUAUUAUAACCAGAUUUCUGAAUUGGCCAGGAAGUUGGACGGCGAAAACGCCCUGGAAAUCACCCGCCAAGACAUUCUUUCUGCAUUUUAA